CUGAGGAAUUGGAAGUGAAACUUACAUGUAAACUGUCCAUGCAAAAAAUACCCUUGCAAAUAAUUGCACUGGAUGGAUGGUAGCUAUACAGCUGUAAGUUCUCUGUGUCAAGAUUUAGCUCUGCCCACAGCAGUAAACGUCGACUUAUGGUUUUUAUCACCAGUGUGCCGAGAUGGAUUUGCACCGUCAGAAGUGCCGGGAGGGCAUACAGAACGCCCUGGGAUUCAUACGGUCUUCCUUGCCUUAUCCAGAGCCUGAAGGCUAUAAGGUGUUUCUGACCCAGUUGGUGUGUAACCUGCUGGAUGAGGGGAAUGCAAUGUUCAGGGAGGGUGAGUGUCAGCAGGCCAUAAAGGACUUCAGUGAGGGUGUUAACGUGGCCCACUAUGCCCAGGCUGAGUCUCUGGAAAUCCCCUCAGCCCUGAUGGAGAGUCUGUAUGUCAACAGGGCUGCAGCCUACCACAGCAUGGGGGAGUAUGAGCAGGGUGUGCAGGACUGUGACGGUGCGCUGGCGCUGUGCAAAGACAGUUGCAGGGCACUCCACAGGAAGGCGCUCUGCCUGAGGGAGCUGGGCCGUUUCAGAGAGGCCUACAACUGCAGCACGGGCUGCCUGCUCACUACACCGAACGACAAACAUGUGUACGAGUUGGCACAGGAGUUAGCUAACAAACUGGGCCUGAAGAUACGCAAAGCCUACAUUAGCACCCAAAAGGAGUCGGCCCCAUCUGAGCAAAGUAAUGGGAACACCGUUCCUUUUGCAGGAGAGAUGUAUGGCAGUGGUCUGGAUUCCUUAAGUGACAUCUCAUCAGUUGGCUUCUCCUGCAAGCCUGUAUCCACCGCUAUCCCAGUUAUCCCAGAUGAAUCCUCUCCCUCUGGUCCUCUGGUCUACUCCAAACUUCUGGGUAGACCUGUCCAAGGACCCCGGGGGUUGCCCUUCUCGGUGCCUGAGUCAGAGCACCUGGGUGACAGUGAGCUGAUGGGAGAUGAUCUAGACAGCCUGCUGGACUGUCUCGAUGACGAACCAGAGGUUAGUGAUAUUCCCCCUCAACGUGCCUUUCCCACCUUCCUCCCCAGCUCAGCCUGUGUCCCCAUCCAGCUCCCGUUUCCCUCAGGCCUGCCUGCCCCCUCACCCCGGCUCCCUCCUGCCUUCUUCAACUCAGCCAUCAGCCAGCUCAACUCUCUGGACACCUUCCCAGGCAUUGGUGGGCGGGAUGCCCUGGGUGCGCUGGACUCUUUAGAUGGCCUGGAUGCACUAGACUCCCUAGAUGCCUUAAACAACCUGGACACCCUUUCAGGCCUUGGUGGUGGAGAUGCCCCGGCUCCCACAACAGCACUCGAUUCACUUGAUGCCUUAGAUGCCCUGGACAGUUUCUCCCCACUUGGGGGCGCAAUAGCAGCCAAACCAGUGGUGGUGGGGGGAGUGGGGCUGGACUCCCUCUCUGAGUUCAACCUGCCUGGUGCAAGAAUCUCACACAAUUUUCUCUCUGCCACACGUUCGCCCAAGAAGUCCAACCACACAGUGGUAAAGAAUGGCCAGGUCUCCUUCAAGCUCUCUCUGCUGACCAAGAACCCCGUAGCAGCCACCCAUGACUUCAAGCAGGCCUGUGCCACGUGCUACAGCUGGAUAGGUCCAGGGGUCCUGGACUACCUGCACCAGGCAGAAUUGGCCCACCGUUGUAAGCGGGACAUUCUUCUGUGCAGGAUCAGGGCUUCAGAGCACCCUGUCUGGAACAGGGUGCGACCCCGCCCCACCAACAACUUUACUGGGUCGUUUAUGCUCUGCAAGGAGGUGCUGGAGACUCAGAAGUGUAAGUACGGGGAGGGAUGUACGUUUGCCUACUGCCAGGAGGAGGUAGAUGUGUGGACCCUGGAGAGGAAGGGAGCCCUGAACAGAGAGCUGCUGUUUGACCCGCAGAGUCCCAACAAUGACAGGCCCACACUCGGCAUCACAUGCCUGCUGCAGCUCCACAACGGCAUUUUCAUGUACCUCUGUGAGGAGUGCUAUGACAGUAAGCCCAGGAUCAUCAGUAAGCGCAGUAAGGAGGUGCCGUCCAUCUGCUCCAACCUCUCGGCCCGACACCCAUUCGACAAAAAGAAGUGCCUGGUGCAUGCGGUGAGGUCUAGCAGCGUGCACUACACUAAGAUCCGCCCACUGUACACCCAGUGCCAGUUGGACGUGUGCCGCCAUGCCCGGCGCUACGGCUGCCAGCGAGAGGACAGCUGCUCCUUUGCCCACUCUGUCAUAGAGCUCAAGUGCUGGAUGCUGCAGCAAGUCUCCGGCAUCACUCAUGAAGAAAUUGUGCAGGAAUCCAAGCGACACUGGCAUAAACAGGAGCAGAACACACACAAACCCAAGCCUGUGUACAUGCCACCACCAUCUUCAUCCCCAAGUGGUGGUGGGGACACCUGUAGAGGUGGGGGAGGAGGCUAUAGCUUGAACCUGAAGAGGAAGUUUGUAUGUGGUCAGUGCUGGAGGGACGGGCUGGUCAGCGAGCCGGACAAAGCGCUUAAGUACUGUACAGCCAAGGCCAGGCACAGUUGGACGAAGGAGCGUCGGGUGCUGUUGGUGAAGUCCUUUGAAGGAAAGAAGUGGGUGAUGGUGCGGACGUUGCCUUUUGCCAAGACCUACCCCCAGCAGUAUGAUAUAUGUGCCCACGUGGUGAAGCAGAAGAAGUGCCACUACAUUGGGAACUGUGCCUUCGCCCACAGUGAAGAGGAGAAGCAAGUGUGGACCUAUAUGAAGAACAAUGGCUUGAAGGAUAUGCAGCAGAUGUACGACAUGUGGCUUACAAUGACGAAUCAAAACCGUCAGCCGGAUGACCCCCUGAUCACCCAACCCAUAGAGGAGAAGCAAAUCGCCAUGCCAACCGACUAUGCCGAGCCAAUGAGCGGCUUCCACUGUCGUCUGUGUGGGAAGCAUAGUAACAGCAAGCGCCAGUGGCAGCAGCACAUCUCCGCAGAGAAACACAAGGACCGUGUAUUCAGCUGCGAGGGAGAGGACGAGAGCCUGACCUGGACAUACCGCUUCCCUGGACUCCGUCUCGCCCUUUGCCCCAGGCUGGAGAGUGGCUGUCCCGAGGGGGUGAGUUGUGACUACGCCCACAGUGAUGAGGAGCUGGUGGAAUGGCAGGAGAGGCGGGAAUUCCUGCGGCGGAAGCUGGCCAAGGCCCGUGAAGACAUGCUCAUCAUGCCAGACGAGUUUGACUUUGGGAAGUACAACUUUCUCCUGCAGGACUGAAGCCCCUGUCCCCUAUGUGAGACACUUGCACCUGUAAACAGACAGCAGUCCUCUGUUUUGUUGAAAAUCCUGGGGGGGUAUUUUCUUCAUUAGUUCUGUAUUAGUUAACGGUUAAUACAGUUUAUACCUGUUUGAGCUGGUUAGGACUGCAAGUGCCUUAUUUGUUCACUUGCCAUAAAAAGCAGUAAUUAAAGAAGUUACUCCUAGACCCACUAAUUCAAAGACAGACUGAACUUUUAACUCACUCACAACUUGUCACAACUCAUAAGGGAUUAACUACUUUGACCUUUAGCCAAACCUGUUAUUUCAUUUUCAAAAGGGCUUGGUUCUGAAAUCGUUGCAGCCACGCCAAAAAAUAUGAUUCAACAUUUUCGGGGAGGUAAAACGUUUUCGGUGUAAACAUAAACAACUAAAACCAGAUAAAGUAUGUAGAAAAUAUAUAAUGGAGCUAUAUAUAUAUAUUUUUUUUAUAAGAUCAUUUAAGAACAACCACAAAAAUAAAAACUAGAUAGUCAGGGAAAAUUCAAAAAUGUCAUGGCAUGGAGCCACCAAUUUUAGAUUUUGAGUCACUCCAAUAACAUAAAGCCAUGGCAAAAUAUGUAGAAUUCUGCACAUUUUCUGUGUGGUCCAGCGGCACACGUAUAUUCCAGAGUCGGCAUGGGUUUGAAACCGGCCCACUGCCCUUUGACUCACCCUCCCCCUAUCUUCCCCAUCUUUCACAUUGUACUAUCUCUUCAAUAAAGCAAAAAAUUACUAAAGGAAUGGGACUGCCACACUCCUUCAAAAGUAAAAAAUAAAUGACUUAAACUGAUCAUUUUCUCUCAGCCCCAUGAUAAAAUGUGUGGAAUUGCAGGAAACUAGCUUUAAAACAGUACAAUUUUCUCCCCGCCACAUGGCAAAAGAAAAUACAUUUUGUCUCUGCGGCCAAGAGGAGGAGCUCUACAAUUUGCGGUCGGACUCUACCACACCUACCAGUACUACUGGUUAAAUAGAUUGAGGAUGCUAACUAAGGCCUUACCUGUGGGGAUAUAGUUGACCCAUAAUUAAUAUCCAAUACAAGGGAGGUUGGAAGUUCCUCAUGUGCCUGUAGUAGUACUUCCUAUCUAGCGUAUGGAUCACUCACGGUAUGCUGAAGACGACAUUAUUAUUUGCCCAGUAAAUUUGAAGAUGUGAAUAAAUGUAUCUCCACAUAUGUACUCCUGCACAUUUAAUACAUUAUAUCACUAUUGGCAAACAAUAAGUAAUGACAUGGUAGUUAAACCUAGUAAAAUAACUUUAUUGAUUUCUAUACCUUAGAUUCAGAGUAUGCUUCUGGGUGGGUCAUUCCUGUUUUGCAAGGGCGGUGGCCUAAAAGCUAAGACUGUAAUUCUAAAUAACAGGAUCACUUUUUUGGGGGGAAUUCUCUUGACAUAGUGAAAAGUUAUGUAUACAUCACUGGUAAUUAUGUUAGUUCAUAAGCUUUGCACAAUGGAAGUGUGUUGAAUACCAGCUUUAGCCAGUAUAGAGAGGUAAUGGGUACUCUCGGAAUGAACCAAAUUGAAGGUUUAAGUUUGUUACUAAACACUACUAUUAUUUCAAUGACAAUUAUUAUGGCUAUAACUAUUUUGAUUUACAACAUUCUCUGUACAUGUUCUAUGUACAAAAAUAAUCAAUGGAAGUGGUAUGUUUCCUACUAUGCAAACAAAGUCAGUGGGCUGGAUCCUGGUGAUAUGCCAUAGGUCAGCAUUUUCCAAACUCAGUGAACGUUUUGGGUUUUGCCCUGACACUACACAGCUGAUUCAAAUUAUCAAAGUUGGAUGAUUAGUUGAUUAUUUGAAUCAGCUGUGUAGUGCUAGGGCAAAAAACAAAAUGUGCACCCCCUGGGGUACCGAGGACCAAGUUUGGGAAACCCUGCCAUAGGUUUUGUCCUGGAUUAAAUUAUUAUAGUUGAGUGAAUCACAUUGACCUUCAUCACAUCCAUCUAUGUAAUUUAACAGACUGCACCACAAUAUAUCAGCCUAUGUUGUUUGACAAGGACAGGCAGUUUAAUCCUAGCUGGCUGGAAACAGUUCUUGAAACUGAAGGGCCCCCUCUAAAAGCCAUCAAAAUGACCCUUUAUAAAAGUGCACCCUUGGCAAACAGUAUUCACACUGCUCUAGUGACCACACUAUUUUACUGUAACUGCCAUACUGAUUGACCAGAUGGUUAGAGACAGCAGUGUUUGUGCAUUUAAUUUCCAACAUCAUGGGUUUAUGGUAAGAAUGAGUUGUAUACUAGACCUGAGAAAACAAAAACGACUGUUUAUUUUGUUUGAGCUAUUGACCAAAUCUGACAUGUUAAAUAAAACUAUUUUUGAGAGGGAA